AUGAAUUAAAGUUCAACAUUUGACAGCUUUUGGUUUGAAUCGUUACAUAAAAUAAAUAAACAAUUGUGCCAGACCUGCUUAGAUAAGUUAUCACGGAAAAAAAUAUGGAAACUCCUGUCGAAUCAAGCCCCAAAUUACAACGACGAGAACUUUCAGAGGAGGAUCGAAAGUAUCGCUAUCGAGCUGCCGCCUUUCUAGCCGGUGUUGCGGGAAUUUCAGCGGUGGCCGGUUUCAGCAAAACCAUUAUGUCGUCGAAGAAAGCCGAUCCACAGUUCUUCGAAAAGGGUGUGCAAGGAAGCAUUGCAAUGCAGGAGACGGGCGCCAGUCUUGCCAUGCGGGCACUCGGCUGGGGAACAUUAUACGCCUUCAUUGGUACAGGUACCAUUUGUUACGGAAUUUGGAAGCUAUCGGGAGCUUCAAAUAUGAAGGAAUUCAGGGAAUCAGUCGGGAGCAUUUUUCCUAAAGUACCCAAAAAUGAUCCUCCCAGGAGCAGAACGGAAUUUGAUGGACUCACUGAUCUUAUGAAAUAUUUGUCAACGUGGGGCAAAGAAGAAAAAUGAAGUGUUGUUUUGUGUGUAAGUUAGAUUCAUAUUUAUUAAACUGUAUC